CUAGCAUCGGCCGGCGUUUUGUCAGUGCCGGCCCAGCCUGCCUCUGAGGACGCGCGCACGCUUAUCGCGCGAGCGUUUAACUCCUCCACCAAAGCCGUCACACGCCGCGCUGCGCCGAAAGGCACCGCUCCGCCCGAGUCAAGCCUAGGUGACCAGGCGACAUUCCACCAUGCCGAUCGCCUCGAUGAAGGAGCUCAAGGAGCGCGAGGAGCUAAAGGAUAAGAUGACGGGCGACCACCACGCCGGCGACGACGGCGACGUGCCCAAGGAGGCGCUCGAGAUGCCCGUCGACGGCGAGCGCCUGCCGACGGACUUCCACGGCAUCUACCACGAGAAGCAGAUCGGCGCGCUCUGCGCCGUCCACGCGUUGAAUAACUUGGUGCAAGCUCGAUGGUUCGACGAGGUGGGCCUGGCCGAGGUCGCGCGCGACCUCGACCGCCGCGAGGCGGCGCUGUUGUCGAGUCCGGUCGCGGACCACGAGUCGCAGAACGUCCGGGGCGACGGCUUCUUCUCGGUCCAGGUCAUCCUCCAGGCGCUGCAGCGCGCGGGCCUCGCCUGCGGCCAGCUGGGCUCGACGGCGAACCGGGAACGCGGCGACGCGGGCUACAUUUUGAACCGGAGGGAGCACUGGUUCGCGCUGCGGCGCAUCGGCGACCGCCACUGGUUCGACCUGAAUUCCAUGGCGAAGACGCCGCAGGAGAUGUCGCCCGCGCACGUCGACCUCUUCCUCCAGGCGCACUUCGAGAAGGGCUACUCGGUCUUCGCCGUGCGCGGCGCCUUUCCGUCCCAUAGAUUGGAGCGCGACGCGGGCGCGCUGGCCGCGGCCGUCGCCGCCUGCGCGUCCUCCGGCGCGGCGCCCGCGUCGUCUUCUACGAAGCCGGCCACCCAGGCCUUCUCGGGCGCGGGCCGCGCGCUCGCGCCGUCGGAGCCCGAGGUCGACCCGGCGCUCGCCGCCGCCGCCGCCGCGGACCCGGAGCUCGCGGCGGCCAUCGCCGCGUCCAUGGACGACGUCCGCGCGAAGAAGGCCAAGACGUCCGCCGCCGACGACCGCGACGCGAUCCGCGCCGCGCGGCUGGCGCGGUUCGGCUAG